AUGGGGACCAUGAGAGAUUUAUGGAUCCGCUGGAAAAUGUUACGCCUUCCAUGGCGCAAGCGAUUCCUCGUCGGUCAAGAUCUGGUAGGAAAUACAUAUUGGGAGUUUCGAGAUGCUCUCAACCACAACAGAAUGCGACGGAUGGUCAAGGCCGACCGUAAAACCCUCUAUGCCGAUGUCCAGAUUUCACCUCAGUGGCAUCAAUGGCUGCGACAGACUCGGUCGGAUCCACCAAGUCUGCAGGAACAAGCUGCGGAUCUGCAAAGACAAGCAACCUUAAAACACAAUGCAAGGCUGGCGGAUGAGAGAUGGGCAGCGAAAGCAAAGUAUAUUGAGAAGCCAAAGCCAACUGUCACACAACAGCUCUCUGGGGAUCCUCAGAAAGAUAGAGCAAUAGCUGAAAGCACACCUGAACAACCUCCUCGACCCGAAAAGUGCAAGAGUGGUGUUGAAACUCCUGCCCAGUCACCCAAGGAUCCAUGGAAGCAGGUUGAAGAGACCGGGUCAAAUCAUGGAACAAACUGGACGCCCGAGUCGUGGGUACCUGGUACUUCUAAACGCUGA